AUGAUCCUGCUGCCCGACGAAAGCGGGCCGGGAGAAAGUAUACGUCACGGGCUUGCGAAGAAUGCCGUCGACGAAGGGCAAAGGUAUGUUGAGUUGCAGCUCUACGAAGCAUUGAAGAUAUUUGCUUGUCAAGAUGGUGCUGAACUGGGAUUGUCUGGCAGUGCGAUGGAACGAGACCAUCUUGUUCACGAUGUCUCGAUCGAGGCAUUCGUUCUACUGGAAAAAGUCCUCAGGUCGCACGGUAUUGAUGCCGAUGCUUCUGUGGCCCAAUUGAUAGCAGAGCAUGAAUCCUCAAAUCAACCAACCAAUCCAAGUUGCGCGGCAGGGUCAUCGAGUGUCGAUGAUCUAUGUGUGACUUUCGAUGGCGCCCUUACCCUUGAUGAAUCUCUGAACUUUGAUCAGGAUGGUGAGGUCCGGUAUUUUGGUCCUACCAGUGGGCGUCUGCUAUUCCGAUCUUCAGCAAACGCCUCUCCAACUGAAGAUGCGUAUCAAACAGAAGGCUCCUGCAAUGGUGGUGCAUCGGGAGACCCAUCUUGCAGCACGUCCAAAGUCUGCAAGACCCAAACGAAUGAUUAUAUCAACAUGCCGGGGGAUAGCUCAAUAUCAGAUGAACUCGAAGCUUAUCUCAUCGACUUAUAUUUCGAAUGGGAGCAACCGUGGCUUCAAGUAGUCAACGAAACACUAUUUCGCGAAAGUUUGGCCCAUGGUGGCCGGUAUUGCAGCCCGCUCUUGCUGAAUUGCAUUCUGGCUCUGGGUUCUCGCUAUUGCGAUCGCCUUGAAGUGCGAACAGACCCAGAUGAUUCAAACACAGCUGGCAAAUUCUUCAUUGCCAAAGCCGAAAAGCUCAUUCAACAUGAUCUGAGGUGGCCAAAGAUCACGACUAUCCAAUCCCUGGCUAUCAUGGGCAUGGUAUACAUUGCAAUGGGCUCUGAUGCCGCUGGGUGGCUUCAUCAAGGAAUGGCAAAUCGCCUUGCCCUAGAUAUGGGGCUCAACAUGGAUCCUGCUGUGCUGGCGGAAAAGGUCGCUCUGCCACCGAUUGAAAUUGAGUUACGGAGACAGAUAUACUGGGCGCUUUACUGCCAUGACAAACUUUCAGCAAGUUACACAGGCAGAGUGUGCACUUUGCUGGAUUCUCAAGGCGCCGUCAAUAUGCCAUAUCUUCAAUGCACAUCCGAAGUUCGCCUCCCUGCUGCAAAUGGAGGGCUACGAGCUGCAUCCUGCAAGGAAGUGACAGAUUUGCAUCGGUCAAUGAUCUCCCUCUGCCGUAUCCUGGAAAAGAUCCUCCUCUCCCUAUGGUCACCAAAACCGCUCAUCCACGCCCACCAGCGCUCUGCAUUCUUCGACUCAUGUAUCCUCGAGCUCAAAACAUGGGCUUACGACUUACCCUCUGAACUCAAAAUCGACCGACCAACUGGACCCUCACGAUUCCCUCACGUUUACACCAUGUCUAUGGAGCAGGAUGAAUCAGACGAUGCGAGCAACACCACCUCCCCAAUCGACCCCCAAAGAGACGGGAAGUCAUGUGCAUCUCUCAGACUCCAAAAAGCAGUAUCCAGCUGCAGCGCCUCGGUUAGGUCAAUGGUUAUCAUCGCUCAAAAGUAUAGACAGACAUUCGGAAGCUUCAAACUAAGCCCCAUCACUGCUACCCACUGCAUUUUAUCUGCUGGAUUGAUCAUCGUCGAGAAAUGCUGUUCUCUUGAUUACUCCCAGCUGAAGCAAAAUUCCGGGGACGAUGCGCCUCGCAUGCUACCCCCGCACGCGGCUGCAGGUCUGUGUUUCCAAGUUCUUCGAGAACUCUCUACAUCCUGGAAUAUCGCCAAACGAAUUGGUCGAAACCUUGAAAAGUUAUAUUUCCAGCGCUAUGGAGUCGAACAUCUCCCUCCACUGGUAUCAGCCAGUGAUUCUGCCAACGAAUCCUGGUCAGUGGGUCCAAAUGGUUCAUGGGAGACAGGGAUCCUUCCUUUGAAUGCUUUCGAUGGGGCGUUCGAUAUCCAGAACGCAAUAUUUGAGAAUCCUCUUUCGCUCCACAUAGAGAAUCUGUUUGCCCACCUGCAUACCCCCAAUAUGGACCACUUUCACCAUCAGCCUUUUGAUGGCACUCAGCAGGAUCCUCAACAGGAUGACCUUACAUCAAAUGAACUCUUUGCGCACAAUCUUGGAUUUGCGUUUUUGCCGGAUUGUUUGCCGAGUGAUUACACCAUGUUCGAUACCUUGAAUCAGAUGUAUUUAGAAGAGACUUGGUAA